AGAAUGCAUCAUCAUGCGGCAGUCGAAGGUAAUACGAGGAGGAUAGGUGCUGAAACCACCAGCCAGAAUUCCACGUAUCUAAUAUUGGCUGCAAAUAGAACCCACCGGAAAGAUCCUACUGAUAGCUUCAAUUACUACACUGGCGGUUGGAACAUUACCAAUCCACAUUACAUAUUUUCUGUUGCUUAUUCAGCUACUGGCCCUUUCGUCUUUGCUGUUGUAUGGUUCAUAUUCUUCGCAGUAUUCCUGCUUUGCUUCUGCUGUCGUUGUUGCUUCUGCAGCAGAAACAGUUACGGCUAUUCUCGAACUGCCUAUGCUGUCUCCGUUACUUGCCUUGCCAUUUUCACCAUUGCAGCAAUAGCCGGAAUUGCUUUUGUUUUCGCGGGCCAAGACAAAUUCCAGGACAGCAUUGUGAACACAACCAGCUUUGUUUUGCACGAGGCAGAUGAUGUCAUUGUGAAGCUGGGAGACGUGCUUCAUGAUCUUCUGGCCGCGAAGAAUAGUAGUGUUGGACGAGCAGUCUUACCUGAUGAUUUAAAGGCUGAUAUUGAUAGUACUGGGAAAACGAUUAAUGCUGUAACUGCUCAAUUUCGGAAUAUCACCACAAAGAAUUCGCAGGACAUUCGCAGUUUGUUGAGUCCCCUGAGAUUGAUGUUGAUUUACGUUGCUUCUGCUUUGCUCAUCUUGGCAGUCCUCGGAUUCUUACUUUCCAUUCUUGGGCUGGGAUGUUUGGUAUACAGCUUGGCAGUAGUUGGAUGGAUUCUGGUAGCAGCUACGUUUAUGAUGAGUGGCGUGUUUCUUCUUGUGCAUAAUGCCGUUGCAGACACAUGCGUAGCCUUGGACGAAUGGCUCCAGAAUCCAACUGCCCAUUCAGCCCUUGAAGCAAUAAUCCCCCAAGUAGAUAAUCAAACUGCUCAAGAGAUCUCCUCAGUGACAAAGGGUGUUACUUUCGGCGUGGUCGAAAUGCUUAAUGGAAUAAUAACCAACGUCUCCAACGCGGAUGUUCCCCCAGAUGUUGGCCCCCCCUUAUACUUCCACCAAAACGGCCCCUUGGUCCCUGUUGCUUGCAACCCAUACGACUCCAAUUUGACCGACAGGAAAUGUGCAGAUGGCGAAGUCAGCUUGAAGGAUGCACCGCAGGUAUGGAAGAAGUAUGUUUGUCAAGUUUCUGGUGGGAUAUGCAGAUCACCGGGCAGAAUAACUCCUGAUAAUUACGACCAGCUGGCUAGCACGGCAAAUAUCAGCUAUGCUUUAUACGAGGACACGCCAUUUGUGGUGGGCUUGAUAGACUCCACGUAUCUGAAAGAAUUGUUUGGUGAUAUUAGUAGAGAUUACUGCCCAGGUUUGAGCAAAUUUACCAGUUGGAUGUACCUUGGCUUCAUCUCUUCCUCAGUUGCGGUAAUGUUAUCAUUGCUGAUAUGGAUAUUCUACGCCAGAGAGCGAAGGCACCGAGCAUACACCAAAAAGGUUGACAGCAGAUCCUCAGCUGAAAACCCUUUUGCUUCCUGAAUGAGCAAAUGGGGCCAUAGAUGAUUUUUGUUUUCAUUUUUUGUUCCCUGUUCCUCUUCUUCUCCGUUUUUCUAAGUGGAUACAAGUGCAGAAGUAGCAGCAUUUUAGAUCAUAUAUAUCAUCGUCAUAGGAUUUACUAGUUUGAACCUGGGUACCAUUAUAAUAAUAAAAGUCACAUUAUCAAUCAAAUAAAAUAUCGUGUGAGUCGAGU